AUGAAGGAGGACCUGGAGUUGUUUGGCAACGAACUGAAUUACUUUACAACAUUCUUCAAUAUUGGAUACAUGAUCAUGCUGUAUCCUUCGUGUAUCGUCAUCUCUCACUUCGGCCCCUCCCGAUGGUUGCCGGCCUGCGAGCUUAUUUGGGGCGUUCUUACCUGUUGUCUCUCAGUUGUGAGCAGCGCCAAGCAGGUUUAUGGCCUUCGCUUCCUGAUCGGAUUCUUCGAAGGGACUGCUUGGCCUGGAUACUUCACACUAAUCAGCCAGUGGUACAUGCCUCACGAGGUCGCCUUACGAAUGAGUCUCUACAAUAUUGCCCAACCAGCGGGUGCCAUGCUUUCCGGUGCGAUGCAAGGGGCUCUUUCAACCAAUUUUGAGGGUCUGCAUGGCCGGUCUGGCUGGAGAUGGGCUUUCAUCAUCAACGGCGUGUGUACUAUCGCCGUCGCAAUUGCCGCUUUCUUCAUUCUUCCUGGCUAUCCCGAACGCCCGAACCCUCUUUCCAAGUUCUACUUGAAGCCUAAACAUAUCGACAUCGCUCUGGCUCGUGCUCGUCGGGUUGGCCGCAAGCCGCAGAUCGGCAUCACGCCCAUAUCCUUUUUUAGGUGCUUCACUUUUUGGCAACUAUGGGCCUUUGCUAUUGCGUGGUGCAUCGGUGGCAACUUCACACCGGCCAACUAUUUCAACCUAUGGCUCAAGUCCCUCAAGAAUUCCGACGGUUCAGUCAAGUAUUCCAUUGCAAUGAUCAACUACCUGCCCAUCAUCGGGCAGGCUAUCCAGCUCGUAGCAGAGCUGUUGUUUAGUGGUUUCAGUGAUUACUUUGGCGUUAGACUGCCAUUUCUGCUUCUACACUCUGUCAUCAACAUUUCUUCUCAUAUCAUUCUAAUUGUACGACCUAGCAACGAGCGGGCUUACAUGGCUGGUUGGUACAUGAACUACAUAGGAGCAGUCUCCACUAUGCUGCUCUGCUCAUGGGCGUCGGCACACCUUCAAGGUGAGCCACAGGUGCGCACCGUGCUCUUUGCCAGCGGCACCAUCUUAUCGUACCUUAUGAGUGCAUUCAUCCCUCUUGCUGCCUUCCCAGCAUCCGAAGCUCCUCAAUGGCGCAUUGGAUCUAAGCUCUAUCUCGGAUUUGCCCUCGUGUCUAGUGUGAUGUUCGUUGGGAUUCACUUUGCGUUGCAGUGGGAGGAGAAGAGGAAGGCAAAGGAUGCAGUCAAGCAAGAUUCAACAGGGGAGCCGGAUAAUGCAGACGCUGGUGUUAAGUCUGUACUCGAGAAGUCCGACAGUACAGCCAUUGGAAAGAAGUCAAUGGGGAAGUUUCACGAUAGACCUCAGUAA